CCCUUAAAUUAAUGGCUGUAUCUGUAUGUAGAAAAAUAUCCAAACUGCUGCAUUUAUAAGAACAUCCGAACAAAAGCUACAUUAAUUCGACGCUCCAAUCUCGCAAUUAUUCACUCACACUCGCUCAUAGAUUUUUGGGAUUUUAUCAUUUAAAACUAAAUUCCCCGCUUUUGCUUUUUGCCCCCUGUAUUAUCUACCAUCGCCAUUGCUGUUUCUGGCUACUAAUUAUCAGAAUUACGCGUUUUUUUUUGUUAUAAAAAUCGUUUCUUUUUAUUGUUCUUCACUUUUUAUCUGCCUUUUCGUAGAGGAAUAAUCUGAAGUGGGGUUUUGAUAAUUUUCUUGGGGAAUUGAAAAAAGGGAAUUGAAGGAAAAUGAGUGGGGGUGGGGAAGGGGAGGGGACGUCGUUGGAAUUCACUCCGACGUGGGUUGUCGCCGCCGUCUGUUGCGUCAUCGUCGCCAUCUCUCUCGCUGCCGAACGAGGCAUUCAUUUCACCGGAAAGUAUUUGAAGAAGAAGAACCAAAAGCCUCUCUUUGAAGCUAUACAGAAAGUUAAAGAAGAGUUGAUGCUGUUGGGGUUUAUAUCACUUAUGCUGACUGUAUUUCAAGGCCGUAUAGUCAAGAUUUGUGUGCCUGCUAGUACGAUGGAGCACCUUCUUCCGUGCUCGUUGUCUGCGGAAUCUUCUGGUGGCGAAGAAUCUCACGCCGCCCCUGAAGGGAGCGGCCACCGCCGCUUGCUAGCUGAAGAACUCGCCGGAGGUUACUGUGCUGCAAAGCAUAAAGUCCCGAUGCUAUCGCUCGAAGCACUGCAUCAUCUACACAUCUUUAUCUUUGUUCUAGCAAUUGUGCAUGUGACUUUUUCCGUUCUCACUGUUGUAUUUGGAGGCGCAAAGAUACGUCAAUGGAAGAAUUGGGAAGACGCCAUUGCAAACGAAACUUACGAUGCAGAACAAGCUCUGAAAACCAAGGUCACCCAUGUUCAUAAUCACGAUUUCAUCAAGACUCGAUUUUUGGGCUUGGGUAAACAAUCUGCCAUAAUGGGUUGGCUGCAUUCAUUUUCUAAGCAAUUCUAUGGAUCUGUUACCAAAUCGGAUUACGCAGCUCUUCGACUAGGCUUUAUUAUGACACAUUGCAGAGGAAACCCGAAAUUUAAUUUCCACAAGUACAUGAUACGUGCUCUUGAAGCUGACUUCAAGAAAGUUGUCGGCAUAAGUUGGUAUUUGUGGGUUUUUGUCGUCCUCUUCUUGUUGUUGAACAUUAAUGGCUGGCAUACGUACUUCUGGAUCGCAUUUUUCCCUUUCGUUCUUCUGCUUGCUGUCGGGGCAAAGCUGGAGCAUAUAAUAAGCCAGCUAGCGCAUGAGGUAGCUGAGAAGCACAUAGCAAUUGAAGGCGAAUUAGUGGUGCAGCCUUCGGACGACCACUUUUGGUUCCGUAGGCCCCGCAUUGUCCUUAUCUUGAUUCAUUUUAUCCUCUUCCAAAAUGCCUUCGAAAUCGCCUUCUUCUUUUGGAUAUGGGUUCAAUAUGGCUUCAACUCGUGCAUAAUGGGAAAAGUCCGAUAUAUCGUCCCGAGACUAAUCAUAGGUGUAUUUAUUCAGGUACUCUGCAGCUACAGUACUUUACCGCUGUACGCUCUCGUCACACAGAUGGGAACCCAUUUCAAGAAAUCGAUAUUUGAGGAGCACGUUCAAGUUGGGUUAGUCGGUUGGGCACAGAAGGUGAAGAAGAAGCAAGGCUUGAAAGCUGCUCUCGGUGGGUCCACCCAAGCAGGGUCCACCCAAGGGGGGUCUACCCAAGCGGGGUCCACCGGGGGUUCGUCUUUAGGAAUUCAAAUGGCCGGCAUUGCACGUAGGGAAACUAAGCCACAGUCCGAGGUUCAACCAGCCAAUGGUUCCUAGGAGUUUCUUUUUGACCAUUUUAUUUAUAGGAAGUGAAUUUAAGCUAAAUUAGUCGAACGAAUGAAAGCUCAUUGAGUCGAGCAAAUUUGCUUCGGAUUUUCUUGAACUGAACUGAAGCAUGUGCUAAUUAAUGUAUGACCAGAGCAAAGGAUGUGUGUUAUUAUUAUGUUUAUAAUAAUCUUGAAUCUUGAUUA